GAGGGAGGCAGUAUAUAAAUUUAUUAAUACUAUAUGCAUAUGAUUAUCAGUUAUCAUACAGUCACAGUGUUGGUUACGAGAGUGGCACCAAUUUCAAAUGCAAAAUGAGCUUCCAAGAUGUUGGCAUUGGCAGCAAGCCUACAUCUGGCGCCAAAAAUCAAUCGGAAUCCGCCUUGUUUCAGGCCAACACCGCCCUCGCCGCUUUCCGUCGCCUUGUUGAUGCCAUCGGAACCUCCAAGGACACCCCCGAUCACCGUCUCAAAUUGCGAAGUACAAGGCAACGUAUACUGGACUUGCUCAGGGACGCCUCUGCUAAGCUCAACUCCCUCACUGAAUCCGAUCUCCCACACGACCUCGAUCCAAAUAGGAAAGUUCAACAUUCCAAGCUUGCUAAAGACUUGCAAAUUACUUUGCAAGAAUUUCAAAAACUGCAGCACCUAGCUUCUGAACGUGAGUCUAAAUUCUCUCCUGUACUUCCUCUUCCAUCCUCUAUAACUAUUUCUACCCCUGAUGACCAAUAUGCAGAAUCCAGCUUUGAAAGGGAAAAUGAUGACUCGUUUCUCAUGGAACAAAAGAGGUGAUCAUGAUCCUUUCAUUCCUAAAACUACAUUCUUCUUGUAUAUUGUUUUCAGUGCUAAAUUAUGUGUUCGAAGAACUUAAAAAUCUCUAUUGCCAGCAAUAAUGUUCAACUA